AUGGAACAGGAGUUUGGACCCCCUGAAAGACAGGUUUCUGAAGACGUUUUUCGUUUCAAGCAGCUGUGUAAAAUCAAAAUUUUUGAUAAUAAUGUUGAAACUUUGGCACCAAAAGAUGUUGUACAUUUGGUAGCAGUAUCCAAUAAGUAUGGUCUGACAUUUGUUGGCGUUGAUUCAGGUUUCAAGGUUAUUAAGACUUCAGAAUUGAGUAAGUUGGACAUCGAACAAGGCUCUAUUACAACAGUUUCAGCUGUCCCUGUUGUAAGAAAAGUGAAGUUAGCAGUAAUGCCCUGUCACAUUUCUCUCUCAGCGGACAGUCUCACUUUGUCUGUGUGCUUCAAUGACAAUACUAAUACGGUUGUAAAUUGUUAUGAUGUGAGAGCAUUUGUUAACAUGGCUAAAGAUCCCCUGCCAUUUUGUAGCGAGAUACUGAUACCGGGAAAUACAGCACCGUUACUUGAUUUAAAAUGGAAUCCUGAUGUAGCUCAUGCAAGUAUGUUCGCUGCGUGUUGUAACAAAGGGACGUUAUCAUUAUGGGAUAUCAGCAAUUCCACUGCUGCACAGCUGCAUUGCUUGGACAGUGAUAAUGGAAUCAGUGCAAUUUGCUGGAGCCCUAAGGGAAAACAGAUUGUUUGUGGUACGCUAGCUGGAAAAUUGGUACAGUAUUCCAAAACACUAGAAAAAAAGAGAGAAAUCAGUGAGCCCAGCGUCUUUGACAAUAAUGUCGUUAUACAAGUUGUUAGUGUGCUGUGGUUAUCGACCUAUUCGUUUAUGACGGCAUAUAGCGUUGUCGGGACGACGGAUCAACCCAGUGUGGUCAUUGUUAACGCACCGAAAACUGGGGCUGUUGUGUACACAAAUUUAGAAGAUGUGUGUUACGGAUCAGGAGAGGACAGAAACCAGGUUUAUUAUUUCCUUAACAUCCCAGAAUGGAACCUAGUCUUGACGGCACAGGGUAAUGCUUUAGAGGUAGUGGUGAUGGGAAAACAAGAUGUAGAGCCGGAGUGGGAAAGAUGGAGUCUUGAAGAUGCAGCGAGAAUAGAGAUGCCUCUAGCUAACAAUGAAGAUACAUAUCCUAUGGGACUGGCAUUGGAUUUAACUUCACAGCAAGAAUUAGUAAUCAAUGACAGUCUGACUUUGCCACCUGCACCAAUCUUCUUGGUGCUCACCACAGAGGGCCUACUUUGUCCAUAUUAUGUGAUCAAUAGGAGUAAAGAUAUCCAGUCAAUAGUUAAUCCACCAGAAGUGUUAACCUAUGCGGGAGAGAGACUCCCCAGUGGAAUGCCUAAAGUCACGCAACCAGUCGUCCCUGCAUCACAGCAGACUACGUCCACAACAGACACGACAGCGAAUCAGUCAGCUUUAUUUCACACACCACGUGGAAACCUCCUGAGCAGAUUUGAAAAUGAAACCACACCAAAAGUUGAAUCUAUGCCUACUACUACCGCACCAGCAACAACCGGGUUUAGUUUUACACCAAAGCUAACAAGUACUACAUCUACGACUUCUGGUACUGCUGCCACCUCAGCUUUUACAUUUUCUCUUUCACAAACGACCAAACCUACUCUCUUUGGUGGUACACCUACAUCCGAACAACCACAAACGACCAAACCUACUCUCUUUGGUGGUACACCUACAUCCGAACAACCACAAACAACCAAACCUACUCUCUUUGGUGGUACACCUACAUCCGAACAACCACCAACGAUCAAACCUUCUGUUGUAACAACUGCUGCGACUACAACUAGUGGUGCUGCUUCUUCAUUGUUUGGAACUACACCUUCGUUUGGACAGCCGCAAACGACCACGCCAAUUGCUGCACCAACAACUAAUUCGUCAAAUGGUGCACCAACUCUCUUCAGUAGUACAGGUUUAUUCUCACAGUCGCAACUGGCCAAACCAUCAGCCAUAACAACUGCUGCAACUUCCUCAAGUGGAGCUACACCUUCCUUGUUUACUCCAAAUAUAUUCGGGCAAGCAGCGACUGGAGCUGAGCAAGGAGCGGCGAAAACUGUCAGCAGUGCAUCUUCAUUUACUUUCGGUUCCCAAACUCAGACCAGUAGUUUUUUCACAUCACCCGGUGGAACUGCAUUCGGAGUGAAAUCUGAUUCAAAUGCUCUUACGACAACAACACCGACAACAGUUGCACAGGCGUUCUCUUUUGCACAGUCUGGAACUGGUGCAUUAACAUCAGGAUUGGGGUUCAUUGUUCCAGGUAGCACCGGGAAUUCAGCAUUCUCAGUAGCGCCAGGAGCUUCAGCAAGCACCGGCAUCUUUGGCUCUCUGGUGAAAGACCAAUCAGCUGCAACAUCGACAUUGACACCGCAGCAGCAGCAUCAGCAGCAUCAGCAGCCUGCAGCCACUGCAGCCACAUCUGCAGCUAAAACAGCAACAUCAGUUGGGACAACAUUACCUUCCAAACCUAUGACAGGCAUAUUUGGUGGUGCUACUCUACCAACUCAGCCAGCUGGAGCACCGCCUCCGUCAGCGUUUGGAGCAUCAGUUGCAGGUAUGAAGCCAGCAGUGUUUGGAACUGCAACCAGUGCCUCAACCAAACCUAUUGCAACCACUACGACUGCGACAACAGCAAGCAAACCUUUGUUGUUCGGGACUGCAACAACAGCCAGUACAAAGCCCACAGUGUUACCGACGACUGCUGCUAGUGUCACCACAGGGCCCAUUGCUACAUUGUCAACGACUGUAACAUCCAGGCCUACGACGUUCGGAAACCAGCCUCCUGAAGUUAUUAGCACUAAACCCAACUCAGUACUGCCGAUUGCAACUACCACAGCACCACAAGCAGCUCCAGUAAAAUCAACAGCCUCAUCAGCUUUGCCAACUCCUGCUGUUCCAGCAGCUGUUUCAGGUAUCGCUGCUAUUAUUGGAGAUGAGAUGCUGAGGUUUCAGAGAGAACUGGAUGAACUAAAAAGGAAAAAAAUUGACAUUUCUUGCCUGGGCACAGAACAGGAGAAGAGAGAGCUACUGAGAGGGAAAGAAGAUCUGGCGGACUUUCAUGCUGAAAUUACUGACUGUGUUCAGUCCCAGAAUGAUGACAUCAACGAACUGAAAAGCCUGACUCUGAAUGCCGCUGCCCAGAUAGAGGAGGGCAAAGUACGAAGUUUACGCCACAGUGAUCCUCACUACCGUCAGAUGUUGAGAUCACGAUCACUGGACUCGACAAGCAGUAAUAAACUUAAGGAGAUUCGUGGAUUGUAUCACUAUAUAGAGAAUAGUAUACACGAUGUCAAUGUUGUAUUAGACGAACAAUGGAAAAUCAAUCAAGAUAAAUUACAUGGUUGCAGAAGGUUACAGACACCGACUACCGACUACAUCUUCCGUGCUGUAAGUAACAAUCACAAUUUAAUAUUAGAUCAAACUCGAUGCCUGAAGGAGCUUAAAGAACAACUGCAAAGGAUUAAAAUCUACAACACAACGUCAAAAUGGAACGGCAGUGCAACCCAGAGAGAAUCAGAGUUGUCAUCGUUAGCUGACAGUUUAAGAGAUACAAGUAUUAGUAUUAAAUCACCACCAAGGUCACAAACAACACCUGUGUCUGCGAAACGGCAGGCUCAACUUAGAGAUAUGCUUUCUAAGAGACAAGUCACACCAACACGUUCUACUCAUCCAGGACAUUUCAGUAUCAUAUCACCCCACUACUUGAGAACACCCAGCACUCCAUCUGAAGCUGCCAGUACAGACGAGAUAAGCGAAGACGACAGCGAACAUAAUCAGCGAAACAUAGGAUUCAGUUCAUUCGCUUAUCCGGUCCCUGAUAAUACAUCAACGCCCAUUAGGAUUGAUGAACCGAGAGGCAAAGAAACCAAACCUGUAAUCGUUUCACAGCGUUUGCCAGCUGUAGUGAUCCCAGCUGACACUGUGAAAACUCAGCCAAUAACACAGCCUAUGAAACCAGCAUUCAGUGUUCCUAAGACGACAGUUACCACAAGACCAGCUGCACCAGUCUCCAUGACUGGGACAAAUUUCACUGCUUUCCAACCACCACAGAUGUCAUUAGCAGCCAGUGGCAUUUCGGCGAUGUCAACGCCUCUGGUAAAAACUGUGCCAAAACCCCCUCUACCCGUCGAGCCUGCAAGCACAGUCCCAAUUGCAGGAUUCACUCACUCUGGAGGGGGUACCGUUUCAUGGGGUGCAUCACCUGAUAUUAAUAAAUCUAUUAAACCGGGAAUUUCUCCAGCUGGGUUGGCUGCCUUGAACCGCUCAGCAAGUGGUCCAGUUCAGAUAAAUGAGCAGUCAGUACCGAAAACUGUCCCUCCGCCAGUGGUCAACAUAAAAAACAUUGACACCAAAAAAACAUCUGCCAAUACCACAAUAGCUGUAGUUGAUAGCACAAAGGUUAACGAAGGAACAGUUAAAGUCGUGACUGAAGUACUGGCAGAAAUCGCUGCUACAUCUGGAAAAAAACGAGUUUCAGCUACAAGUGCUCAAAUUAUUCCUUCAUCUGCAGCAGCACCAAUCACGUCUACAACCACUGGAACUGCACCUACUAUUGUAUCGUCAACUACUACAACAUCUAGCGGUACAUCAGCAGUCUCGUUUUCGUUUGUUCCACCAAAAUCAACCACCACAACGUUCGGCUCCAGAACCCAACUACCAAAUCCAUCAGUGUCGUCUAGCACUGUUAUAUCAGGAUUAAAAACCAGUGGUUCUGGAUUCACGUUUACGCCUUCUAUAGGCAGCACAUCUUUUUCUUUUGGAACCACUGUCAGCUCUGCUAAACAAGACGACAAGAAUGCUAAACUUCAAAAAGAUACCAUUGGAACAAGUUCCGUGGAGGUGGAAAACAUCACACCUCCAAAAACGCCACCUGUCACUGCGCCUCAAAACAAGACUGCCACACCCGGUGCUUUCUUUUUUGUAGGUCAGCCUGAUUCUACUGCUGGAAGUGGUAUCGCCGAAGUCAGUACUACUACACCUGCAGUCACUGCUGCGACUGGUUCCAUUCUAUCAGGGAAACCUGUAACAGCAUUUGGAAAACCACCUACUGCAACAGUAACAACAACUUCAAGUGCAGUAACUGCUGCUCCAUCCACUAAUACUGCAGUCCCAGAAACAGUGGCUGCAACACCAAUAGUAGUACCCACACAACCGUCUUCCCUGACAGCGGUUCAGCCCUCAUCAACCAUAUCUGCUGAACCACCAAUAGCACUACCCACACAGCCGUCUUCACUGACAGCGGUUCAGCCCUCAACAACCACAUCUACUGCAACACCAAUAGUAGUACCCACACAGCCGUCUUCAACGACUGCGGUUCAACCAUCAUCAACCACAACUACACCAACGCCUGACGCCAGUGAUGCAGCUGCCAAGAAAACAAUAUUUGGAAAUGUUCUUUCAACUCCAAGUACUACGCCGGAGGUGACAUCAACAGUAACAACAGAAGUCGCAUCAACUAGUCUUUUUGGUACUAGCACCACUACAAAAUCCACUAAUGUUUCAAUUGCAGGUUUGCUUGGUAAACCAACACCUGCAACUAUGACUAGUAUAGUUGGUCAAUCAACAACAACGUCAACUGGAACUGUUCCUUUUGGCCAACCACCAACAUCAACUGGCACUGUUCCUUUCAGCCAGUCAACAACAACUGCACCAGUUACCAAUGUAUUCGGACAAGCAGUUCCAACAACAGCAGCCAAGGCAGAUGGUGGCGUAUUUGGUCAAACAACAACUCCUACCAUAUUUGGCACAUCCACACUUGGCAAACCAACGACUUCUCUGGCCACCACCACCACCACCACCACUGCAGCCAGUACAGCACCAACUUUGUUUGGUUCAUCGUUUGGCCAAACAACCACUUCUGUGGCCUCCACCACCACCACUGCAGCCAGUACUGCACCAAGUUUGUUUGGUUCAUCGUUUGGCCAAACAACCACUUCUGUGGCCUCCACCACCACCACUGCAGCCAGUACUGCACCAAGUUUGUUUGGUUCAUCGUUUGGCCAGACAACCACUUCUGUGGCCUCCACCACCACUGCAGCCAGUACAGCACCAAGUGGUUUUGGCCAAUCGUUUUUUGGUAACUCUACACCGUCAGCAUCAACAGCAAGUAGUGGGUUAUUUAGUCAAUCUGCUAGUGGUACUUCUACGUUUGGACAGUCGUCUACUUCUGGGUCACUAUUCAGCCAACCAACAACAGCUGCCUCCUCUUUUGGCCAGACUGGGUUCGGACGACCAGUGACAACAACAACAGCAGCAGCAGCGACAACAACUAGUAGUAGUGGUGUUAGUUUCUUUGGCAGUGAUGGAGGUGGUUUGUUCGGCGGCCUUGGUGGAAAACCUAGCGCCGAUGCCGCUAAUAAAAAUCCAUUUGGUAGUGCUCCAACAACUGGAUUUAGUACAACUCCUCAGUCUCUGUUUGGUAGCCAAGGAGCCAAAGAAUUCAACACUGGAGGAUUCAGUGUCGGCAGUUCAGGAUUUAGUGGUGGCGGAGGUGUAGCAGCAGCUGGAUUUGUUGGUUUUUCAACUGGACAACAGUCACCAGGUACCACUACAGGUGCAAGCGGCUUUGGUGCAGCUCCCGCAUUUGGUGGUUCAUCUCAAUUUGGAGCAGCUCCGGCUUUUGGUUCUGCAUUUGGUGCCACCCCUAGCUUUGGAGGAGGUGCUACGUUUGGAGCUGCAGCUUCUCCGCCAUCAGUAUUUGGAGAGAAGAGCUCCACGGUGACUGGUGGUUUUGCAAGUUUGGCCAGUGAUAAUUCCCCAACGUUUGGUGCCUUAGCUCAAUCUCAGAAUACAUCACCUACAUUCGGUAGCAUCGCUGCAGUGUCUCCGAAUACACCAACAUUUGGAUCCCAAGGUGCCCAGGCAUCUGGCUUUGGGAGCUUUGCUAGUCCAGGUUUUUCAGGAUCUGGUGCAUUUGGAGGAAGUCCAGCUUUUGGGGGACAACAGCAGCAACAGGCAAGCUUUACAUCUCGUCGUCUCUAAAACUUUCAAGAUUAUACGAAGAUUUAGUAUCAGCUUCUUUUAUGUUACAAUGCUUUCACAAUUUCUUCAUGAUUUAUCAAAUUCUAAGAAAAACUACAUAAAUUUCUUUGCAUGCUUGUACCAAGUUUAUUUUCUACAUAAAAUUACAUCAAUUAUUUCAUA